AUCUGCCCAUUUGUGAUAAGAGCUAUCAAACUAUUUAGUAUAUAUAUAUAUACAUAUGAAACACGAUAUUGUCAUUUUGUAUAUCCUUUAACAAAGGUUUGAAGAAGAGCAUUAAACGAGAGAAAAAAAAAACAAUGUUUGGAAGAAAAUUGAACGGGCUAACUGUCUUAAUUCUAUCGUUUACCAUCACCUAUUCAACUGCGUGGUUGUCUGAUGAGAAGGAGAGGUUCCUCAGGGAUUUUUACCAACAGUACCGGAGGCAAUUUGGGAACGAUCAAUCGAGUAAAGAUUCUACGAAUCAUUUUACCUCUUUUCAUAAUACUAUAUAGACUUAACGUAAUAUUCAGAAUGUAGAAAGCCGGCGGACAUAAUGUUUUUAGUGGACGAAUCGACAACGAUCGAGGAGGAAGACUUCCAGAAAGAACUUGAUUUCGUUAGAUCUAUUAUACCCAAUUUGGCUAUGGAAAGCAGUAAAGUUAGAGCUGGUUUGGAGUUGUUCGCUACUAAUAGUCGACUGAUUAGCGGUUUAAGUGGCGAUAGUAAAAAGUUAGAGAGUAGCUUAUCUGGUUUAGAACAGCAAUUCGGUAAUACCAGAAUGGUAAAGGCUCUAUCAAUGGCAAUGGAUGAAUUAAAUAGAAACGCUAGAAAGAACGUCUCUAAAAUCUUAUUGUUCAUUACCGACGGUCUGCCAACAGAUAACGAAUAUGAUAUGAAAAAUAUUAUCCAAAGGGUUAAAAGUCAUAAUAUUAUUAUUUUCAGUAUUGCAGUUGGAACAGAAUACAAUGAUGUCGCUACUUUGGCUGAAUUAAAGAGUUUUGCAAGUGAACCAACUGACAAACACUUUUUCCACGUUGAAAAUUACGACAGCUUAAAGAAUCUAUGGCCUUACAUCAGUGAAACUUGUCAAACUGAUUGCGCUGUUAAGGGUGAAACGGAUAUUAUCUAUUCAAUUCCAGAUUACUCUGGAAUUGACGACUCGGUGGCUCUUGUCAACUAUUUAGAUAGGGAGGCUAGGAAAUAUGAAUCAGCAAUCAAGAGGGGAGAAAUUAGAAUAGGUGUUGACUUUCAAAUGAUGAAAGAAAACGAAGGUUUCAAUUUGAAAACAUACGAAAGGGAAUUUGAUGGAAUGAUAAAGGAACUGAAAGAUUUUCGUUUUCUUGGCCUAUCCAACACUUUCAUAGAAGAUAUCGUAAACGACGCAAAUGUUGAAUUUAAAAACGCCAAUCGACCCGGUGCAAACAGAGUUGUCAUUAUUGUCGUUGACCUCCAACGUAUAACCGCCGCAUCACUUUCUCGGCAGGUUGCCAACUUGAAAACUGAUACGUUGAACGUUGUCAUUCUGGGAGUUGGAGGAGGUGAUGAUAAAUCCGAUAAUUCCGCACGUAUUGAAUUAAACAAGGCAAAACAUAUAAAAUACUUUUCCUUCGAUUCCUAUGACGAAAUCAACAUUGAUUUAGAAAAGACUUUGUGCGAAGGUUUGUAG